UAUACAUAUAUACCAAAAAUUAGAAAAAAAAUAUAAUACUUUCUUUCUUUUCUUAAUAAUAUUUAAUAAUGAGAUUUGCUACUAUUACAUCUCUUGUAUUUGCUGUUGUCAUUGGAGUCACAGCACAAAUAACAGCACCCACUAGAAACUAUAAUGUUACAAGUCCCGUUAGUAACGGCCCUUAUGUAGUGAAUCAGAUUCUGCCAUGUACUUAUCGGCUUUUCUCAGAUGUCGAUAGUUCUGCUCUCACUCUUCAGAUCAACUUGGAAGCAACAGUAGUUGGCACUAAUGCUACGUCGAUCCUGAUCGCUGCUACAGCUGAUGUAUCCAAGACAGAUGCAUUUGUGAAACGUGAAGGCAACCUUACUUACUUUGAACAUUCGAUCAAUUUCAAUAUUCCCAGCACCGUCAAGCCAGGCAAUUAUCAAGUGGUCUUCUUGGACAAGUCUACAAACACAAAGUUACCUAUCCCCAUUGAAAUUCGUCCUGCUGCAGUUCCUACUUUUACUGGUUCAAAAACUCAGAGCACAGGAGCUCCUGGACAUUCUCAAUCACCUGGUUCUAUCUUUGCUCAAGGCGGGGCUUCUUCUGCAAAUGCUCCAUUAACUACAAGAACUUUAGUUUCUUUAGUUGCUGUAGCAGGCGUUGCCUUUUUAUUAUAA